AUGAGAACUGGGCAGCUCGACAAAGCGGUGCACUGGCUUGCACGCGAAUGCUGGUAUUUGCAUGGGGAGUUUCAAGGACCUGCCUGUGGACGCGACGGCCCCUACACGCCUGACGUGUUCUUCUGGUGCUGCAUCCUCUUCUUCGCCACCUUUGCCCUGUCAAGCUUCUUGAAGAAGUUUAAAACCAGCCGCUACUUUCCAACCAGAGUAGGUAGAAGAUGCUACUCCAUGCCUGACCGGCAGCUGGUCAGGAGAAUUGUGUCGCAGGUGGAAUUGCACCUCUCUGACGAGAACCUGGCCAAGGAUGCUUUCCUCCUGAAACAUGUCCAGAAGAACAAGAUGGGCUUUGUCAGCGUCAAACUGCUGACGUCCUUGAAGAAGGUGAAAUACCUGACGCGUGACUGGUGGCUGACGCUCUACACCCUGCAGUUCUCAGAGCUGCUGGAGGUGAACGAGGAGGGCACCAGAGUGAGGCGAGUUUCUUCGACUGGCUUUUCGGUAUCAUGGGUCCCCAUCCCCGAGUCCCGGCUGAGCAUCCCCCCCAGCAAACUGCUGCUGGCCUGGGAGCUGCUGCCCCUGGAGCAGGGCAUGCUGCUGCUGCUCCAGAAGAAUUUCCUCGAGACCAUCACGAGGAUGUUCGGCCCCUUCGGCACCGUCGCCUCCAUCCGCAUCCUGCGGCUGGGCCGCAAGCUGCCCUCAGAUGUGCAGAAAUACACGUCAGACUUCCCCGAGCUGCUGAGCAAGCACUGCGCACUGGUGCAGUACAAGAGCCUGGGGAGCGCUUCAGCCUUGAGGAGCCUUGAGGACCUUGGCCGCCAGAGUGGUCCACCUGGCGAGAGCAUCAGGGUGGUCCGGCUCUGCGGGAAGGGCUCCAAGAAGACACCCGGGGCCGAGAGGGAGGUGGCGGAGGAGCUGGUGGACCAGCUGGGUUGGAAAGCGCAGGCGGUGGCCGUGACCUUCCCCGACGGCCUCGGGGACUCCCUGCUCUGCAGCUCCCCGGAGCUGAACGGUGCCCAGGCGUUGCCACCCCUCCUCCUGCACAAGGACCCCUCGGCACCCUCCUGGCCCGGCAGCAACUUCAAGCCCAGCAGUUUCGGCAACGCCUUCACUGGAUCGCUCCUCGCCAGCAAAGUCUUCCCUCCGCUCAGGACAGGCUUGGGCACAGGCAGCUGCUACGGCCUCUGCUCCAGCACUGAGAGCACCCGUGGCUGCGGCUGGGGGAGUGGGGUGGGUGCCUGGGCACCCUGGCCCAGCAGCCCCUCUCCAGAUGCCAAACCUCUUGCCGGCAAUCCUCCGGCAGCGACGUGGGUGCCUGAGCCCCUCAGCCUGCGGGAUGCGGUGCUUUGCCUGCCCCACUGCUGUCCCAAAAGUGGGGUCGUUUACCUGGUGUGCAAAAUGCCAAUAUAG